AUGGUAUAUAGCGCUGCGCCCCGGCGAGGAAGCGUUCUUCCCGAGGACCCCACGUCCGAGCUCAGCCAGGCCCCAGAGGCGAGGGCUCUCAACGAUGAACGCGUCCAUGUUCAAUUGGUUGUCGUCUUUAGGACCGAGUCCUCUUGCGCGUUGACAUGGCCUCGGUUCAGCAUUCCAGAUCAAGCUCCACAGACGUGCUUCCCCUGGCCGGUGGGGCCCUCGCCGAGAGGCUUCUCCCGGACGAGUGAUUCGUUGUGUGCGAGUAGAGCCGAUCGAAUGGCCCUUCCCAUCCACGAUCGAUGGCGCUGUUCGAUGCCCGAGAUCGACCAGCGUCUCGCACCCUGA